AUUAUUUCAUACAUUACUACGCCAAUGUUUUUAUCAGAAUCAAAUAUUUAUCCUGUAUGUUGCAGAUAACAUUAUUACAAAUCCUACCAAAAACAUAUCGGUCUUAUUUAGAGUGAUAGAAUUUCCGAAGAUGUCGGACGUCAAAAUUGCAGUUGUUACCGGUAGUAACAAGGGAAUAGGCUAUGGUAUAGUGAAAGGGCUGUGUGAGAGGUUCGAUGGAAAGGUGUACUUGACUGCUAGAAAUGUGUCGAGAGGAAUAGAAGCCGUAAAGAAACUAAACGCCUUAGGACUGAAACCAUUCCUUCAUCAGUUGGAUGUUACUGACCAAGAAAGUAUAAAUAAAUUCAGAGAUCACUUAUUGAAAGAACAUCAAGGUAUAGAUAUCCUCAUAAACAAUGCUGCCAUAGGCUUUGGGGAUGACGCUCCAGAGCCAUUCAUCCAACAAGCAGAGGAUACAAUAAAUGUCAAUUAUUAUGGUCUGCUAAACGUUUGCCGAACACUAUUUCCACUCAUGAAAAGAAAUGGAAGAGUUGUGAAUAUUUCCAGCAGUUUGGGUCAUUUACAUUGGAUUCCUUCAGAUGAUUUGAAGAAAAAAUUCAGCGAUCCAACGUUGACCAUUGAGAAGUUGAACCAAUUAAUAGACAAAUUUGUGAGUGAUGUUAAACUUGGGAAGCAUGAAGAUGAAGGUUGGGGCAACAAUUCCGAAUGCACCUACAGAGUCUCGAAGGCUGGCGUGUCAGCCUUAUCAAUAAUCCAACAGAAAAAGUUCGACGAAGAGUGUCCCAAUAGGAAUAUAUCAGUCAACUCAGUUCAUCCCGGAUUCGUUGAUACUGAUUUGACAGCUCAUCUUGGUGAACUGACAAUUGAAGAAGGAGCAGAAGCCCCUUUGUUCUUAGCAUUAGAAGAACACGGUUUCAAAGGAAAAUAUGUGUGGUGUGAUAAGAAUCCAAUAGAAUGGUCGACAGGAAUUCCACCUUCUCAGUACUGACGUUCUAUUGAGUAGGCGUCAUACGGCGCGUUCUUCAAGCACUCCUUUAUGUAUAUGUACGAGUUAAGGAGGGUACUCUCCAUAGUACGAGCACAGCCUAGUACUAGUUUUGAGUCGCCUGUCAUGCAGAAAAAA